AUGUCUGACAGCACGAUUCAGGACACGAAUGCUGCCCAUGCUGAGGCUGGUGCUCUCAAGAUCGUAAUAUCGAAGCCAGGUCCGGAACAUCGACCAAAGACCACCGAGGACGCAGAGGCCGAUGUUCUGUUAGAUAUUAGUAUACCGUCAUGGCGCCUAGGAGUCCCUCACUUCACGUCCACCGGGACACCACACUUGGGACGCUCAUCGUAUUCUCCUAGCGACGAGUAUCACACCACGAGAGGAUCUCUUAUCGAUCACUCGCAAAAGGAUCUGAAUACGUCUUUGCCUAGGCUAGGUUCGAGGCGACCCAGCAUGCUCAAGGUGCCCCGAUCGCGACUCUCACGACACACACAACCUCAGACCCCCACCAUCAUCACCGCAAAGGCAAACGGUACGCCUUCAAGACUAACCUUCGUCACUUCUCACCUUGUAAUUGAACCUGCCAUGUUCGACGAUUUGACAUUUAAGCCAGCCUGCGAUGAUGUAUCAAUUGUUCGAUAUACAUCGUCGACCGGAGUCGUCUCAGCAGCCACGCCAGCUCGAUUGGUCGCCGAGAUCACCUCGCCGAGCUUCCUGGAUUAUGAACUGAUAUCCGAUUUCUUUCUGACAUUCCGUGCCUUCCUCGAGCCAGAGACUCUGCUACAGAUGCUGGUAGCUCGAUUACGCUGGGCAAUUGGACGUCGUGAUGAGAUCGGUAUGAUUGUUCAUGUGCGAUCGUUUGUGGCUCUGCGACACUGGAUUUUGAACUACUUCGUGGACGACUUUUUCACCGACUACAAUCUUCGUAUCAAGUUCUGCGAGUCUAUCAACGAUUUCAUCCGUGAUCUUGUUGAGGACCACAAGCACGAUUACAGGCCACAACUGAGAAUCAUUUAUGAGCUGAAGAAGUGUUGGCGUCGCGUUUGUGUCCAGUAUUGGGAAAGCUCGGAAUCUGAGGAAUCUGUUGACGACAGUACACCUAUCCUUCCUGGGGGGCUCGCUGAGCUUACAGAUUCGAACCCUGACCUGGAAGCAUCGAAUAGCACCCCACGCCAAUCUGAUUCGCUGUGUCCAUUGCCAGAAGCUACCGCGACGAGCUUCUACAGCCAAGCGCCAGGCCGUGUGCAGACCGACAACCCAGCACACCAGGGGGUUCAUCCACCAUCGCCGGAUAGCCCGCCCGCCGCCGAUGCAAAUAAGGAUUUUGGCCCUGGUUCCCCGACAAGCAUGUCUAGUAUGGAUGUGAUCUCUUGUUCCUUUCCAUCUAAAAUCAACCGACCAGUAGCAACAGACCUUCCACAGCCCCUUCGGGCCCAUCCUGUGACACCGACAAUGCUCCACGAUCAGUCUGGCCCAAUAGCGACGACACCACGAGCCCUAGUAGGUAAGAGGGUCAGAGCGAAUCAACCACAUCGAAGAAACGACAGCCUUCCCGACUCUCUUCGAAGCCAGUACGGGGAUCCGUCAUUCAGGGACCAGGAGUUUUUGAUGACUAUGCCUCAGGCGGGGAGCCUUGUCAGAGGAAACAUCCUGCCACCAUCACAAUCAUUUGUUGAUUAUGAGUUGCCACCUCAGGUUCGACCUGGCCGUAGAGCAACUACUGUUGUUCGCUCUCAAGACUCCAACUUCAACUACCUUGAAGCACCCUCGGCCGAUGGCAUGUCUGGUAGGGGAAUGAAGCGCCUUAUUGGUAGCGUUCGGCGAGCCUUGAGUACGCGAGGGGGGCAUACAUCAACAACUUCAUUUAGCAGUUAUACAAGAACUUCGGAUGGAACUAUGACUGUUCCAGGGGUAAAUGGUGCUCCUGGCACUGCUGUUGUGCCACAAGCUUCAGGCGCCCUGGACGGGAACGCACCUCGAAUUAGGGUCGACCUUCUUGGUGCCGCAGUUGCGGAAGAUUUCCAUCGUAUUGUCCGUGAAGAUGCUGCGGCAGCCGAGACUGAGAUUUUGGAACACGAGAGAGAAUCCUCGCACUCGGAUUUGCCUGGUGGCGUUAACUUGGAAUACUCGGCGGCCUAUAUGGAUUCAACUACGUUCGAGCUAUUACCGCCACCUGGGCAUGAGAGAGCUCCUAGCGAGGCAGGACUUACGGUUGGGAGCAAAUCCAUUCUUAUCGUGGAUGGCACUGUGACUAGCGAUGUCCCCAAGUCACGAGACGGGGCUGCCACCGCAAACUCGUCCGUCGAGGCCUUUGGUGAUACUUUGAUGCCUCGAACAGACAAUCUCACGCCCCCUAUCACACCCCCGGCUCGGUUUGAUGAAGCAGCAAGAAGGUCAUCUCAUUUACUCAAUGAGAAAGUCCAGAACUAUGACAGAGAGUCUUUCCCGUCACUUGAAUCUGGUUCGGUUAUUUUGAGAGACAAUGCAGCCUCCUCCCAAUCAAGUAUUUACCGGCAUCAGCGUGCCGCAGCAUCGUUAAGUCGCAGCCGUCAACGCCCGCCGAUCAGCGCUGGUAUAACAAGGAUGCACAUGAGGAGUCGAUCAUCAAGAACACAGCAGUCCCUCGACUCAGUAUUGCAAGGGAGGAAGCUCUCAAUUAGCAGCGAUGUUGCCCCACCUUCGACGGCGAUGAGUUUGGAUGAGACGACUUGCUCUGAGGGUUCUGUUGAUCUUGACGAGUCUGAAAUGUCUCAAUCAGCCCCUAAACGGGUAUUGCGCAGAAGACCAGGUGGGGAUUUAAAAGCUUUUACAAACGUCAGUGAGAUCGAUAAACUUGCUCUUCGAAGGUCUCAAUCUUUGGGCUCCCUUUACACAGAAUCCGCCCGGACUUCGCGUUAUCGUAGCCUGCGGCGCAAUUCGACUGAGCGUAUAGACUCUAUCGUCAGUCGCGAUUAUCAACCACGUUCGCAUACUUUCUCUGUAGGGCAGCUUGCUGACAAACCCCAACGCCGCGAGCUGUCGUUCUGCAGCACACAUUCGUCGAAGCCAGUCAUGCGCCGAUCUUUUGAAGCAGAAGCCAAAAAGCUAGCGCGUAUCCCAGACGACGACGACGAUGGUGGUGUUGAGUCUGCUCUACUGAAACUCGAGGGGAAGUUCCACAAGGCCCCCAAAAGGUUGCCUUCCCUUCCCGAUGCCUUGCGAGCAUUCAUCGACCAGGAGGACGAGUCUCGUGUAUGCAGUUUCGGGGCUGUUGCCCAGCAAGCACUGGAAGACCAUGAACUCACGGAGGAUUCAAACGACAUCGCUACUGAUGUGAUAGAUGAACAAACAAGGUUCGCUGAUGCCGAGGAUCAACUAAAGACUCCAAGACCGGCAAAUAAGGUCCAAUCAUUCCUAUCAGACGCCUCGAGAGAAUCCUCUAUUUCGAUUCCAUUACUUCAAGGAGAUCCGCUUGUCCCGGAGCUGCAGCACGCAGCGAAAGACUGGGCAGACAGGUCUAUUCUCCAGGAUUCCGAUGAUGAUCUUCCUCCCAACCAGACGGGUUCCGGCGCUGGCCUGGUGGACUCGACUCAUGUCCAAUAUCUGCCAUUUGACUUUGAUAACGGAAGACUCGACAGGGCAGAGGCUAAUGUAACAGUUCAAGAGGUUUCAUCACCAUUGGAGGACCAGUCUUUUCUGGACAGCGAUUUGUCCUCGGAAAUUUCUAACGAUGAAGACGUUGAUUAUGCUGGUGGAGUGCGGCUGGACACAACUCUUCCCGCUCAUCCUCUGGGCAGCCCCAUUGCCACCUCACACUUUUCGCCAAAGCCCUUUGUCAAUUUGUUGGAUACGAGUGUGGGGGUUCGCGCUGUUGCAAGCUCCGGGGAGAUUGUGACUUCUCAACAUCAACUUCCUCCAACACCAGUGACUACGCCAGCUGGGGCCUCGAGACAACCAUUUUCCAACAAGGCUAAUGCUGCUGAGGAGAGUAGGAAAUUCUCAGUUCACCUUCCAUUCAUCUUGGCAUUCGAUUCCGAAACACUGGCGCAACAAUUUACUCUCAUUGAGAAAGACGCCUUGAAUGAGAUCGACUGGAAAGAGCUGGUAGAUAUGGAUUGGAAGAAUGCCACCAACCAUGAUUCGCGCUCAUGGGUCGAGUUCUUGCGCAAUAAUGAUGCCUAUGGUGUCGAAGUCGUUAUUGCACGGUUCAACUUGGUCGUCAAAUGGGCUAUUUCCGAAAUUGUGCUGACCCAACAUAUUGAAGAGAGAGCUCGUUGCCUCAUCAAAUUCAUUCAUACCGCUUCGCAUUGUCGUCGGUAUCGCAAUUUCGCAACACUUGCUCAGCUCACAAUUGCACUCUCCAGUAGUGAGAUAUCCCGACUUGCCCGAACUUGGGAGCUGGUCCCAGCUCAAGACAUGAAAACACUGAAGGAUCUUGAGGCUCUGGUUACUCCAAUGCGUAACUUUUUCAAUCUUAGAGCCGAGAUGGAAUCAAGCCCGGAUACAAGAUGCAUUCCUUUUGUUGGAAUUUACACCCAUGACCUCCUCUAUAAUGCUCAGAGACCUUCGGAGAUCGCUAGCUCUCCCACGACGAUCCCACUCGUCAAUUUUGAACGAUGCCGUAUUGGAGCAUCUGUAAUCAAAACGCUCCUGCGUCUGCUGGAGGCCAGCACACAAUAUACAUUCAUACCCAUCGAAGGCGUCACUGAAAGGUGUCUUUGGAUCGGGGCUUUGAGUGAUGAUGAGAUCAGACGCCAUUCUGGAAAUUUGGAAUAA